AACCUGUCACACACGUAAAAACAGCGCCACGUCAGUCAACGGGAGGGGAGGCGGGACAUCCCCGACAGCCAGUAGCUCAUUGGCUACCGAAUGACUCCGAGUCUUACGUCAGCGUCCACCACCUCAGAGCGCCAAAAUCGUACCAAUAUCAGAGACAGUCAUGGCGAACCAGCAACCGGAGGAAUUCCAGAGGGAAGUGCUGCAACGAGUAUUGAACAACAUAGAGAGAGCAGUUUCACACCCGCUGGAUUUGGGUCAUCUACUUUUUACAUGUACCCAUGAACUGGCAUUCAUUCGCUCUGUUUCAAACCAAGUCAGCAUUCCUGAAGAUGUUUGUAAUGCUCUCAUAAAUCUGCAUGAACUUCUGACACAAUAUAAGCAACAGCAUGGCCCAGCUGUGGAAGUUGAGUUCUUGAACAACAAUGUGGGACAUCCUAAAAUCAUGGUGAAUGAAGAAAAGUUGAGAGAAUACCUUGAAACCGACUUGUCGAUCCCAUCCAUUUCAAACCUUAUGGGUGUAUCCAAGAGAACGAUCAAUCGGGCUUUGAAAAGGCAUGGAUUGACAGUUAAGAGCACAUAUAGCAAUAUAUCAGAUGACCAGCUGGAUCAAUUUAUUUUCAGCAUCAAAAAAAGCAACCCCACUAUUGGCUUUAGAAUUAUGAAAGGCAAACUUCGGGCUCUAGGACAUCGCAUUACAUGGACCAGAAUAUGGAAAUCUAUGAGACGUGUAGAUGGGGCGGGUGUCUCAGGCAGACUAACAAGAUCUACUUUUGGAUGUGUAAAGAGGCGUGUGUACAGUGUACCUGCUCCACUAUCCCUAGUUCACCUAGAUACAAACCAUAAGCUGAUAAGGUAUGGUUUUGUUAUAUUUGGAGCCAUAGAUGGCUUCUCACGAAAGAUAAUGUACCUGGGAGCAGCAACAAACAACAAAGCUUCAACAGCAUUAGGGUUUUUUUUGCGCUCAGUGGAGGACCACGGUGUUCCUAAUAGGGUUAGAGCAGACCAAGGUUGUGAAAAUGUGGACAUAGCAAGAUGGAUGUUUGCAGUCCGUGGGUGUGACAGAGGCAGUUUCAUGGCUGGCAAAAGUGUUCAUAAUCAAAGAAUUGAACGUUUGUGGAGGGAUGUGUGGAUGUCUGUCACCGUCAUCUACUACAACAUGUUUCACUGUUUGGAAGAAGAUGGACUGCUGGACCCGUCUGACAGUCGUCAUCUCUUUGCUGCGCAUUAUGUGUUUUUGCCACGACUGCAAGCUGACUUGGAAAGUUUCAUUUCCACGUGGGAUAACCACUCCCUUCGCAGUGAACAAAAUUUAACCCCCAACCAACUGUGGGCAAUGGGCCGAGCUCAAACUCCCAUCAAUCCACCUGUCUAUGCGCAGGGUUCUGUGGACAUUGGACAACAGUCUAACUCAAACCAGGCCGAGCAGGAAACGGUUGGAGUUGUUGUUCCGUCUGUGGCUUGUCCCCUCUCUGACUCAGACCUGUCCCAACUGUCCCAACUUUUCAACCCUUGUGGGACAUCUGAAAACCAUGGCCAAGACAUCUACAUUUCUGUACUUAACUAUGUAUGUCAUCACAGCAGAAUGUAAAAAACAACUACCAAUAUGAACAGAUCUCAACCAAAAUAAAAUAAUAAAUGGUCAAUAACCACCACUGGAA